UAGAAUCAAGGUUAGUGGGUUUGGCUUAUUUAGUGAAUUAGGUUUACCCGCGCACGCACUUCUCAGGUCCGGUACAAGGUCGAAACGAUAACGGCUUUCUGCUGAUUGCUGAAUCAUCUGCGUCGUCGUCUUCGUCGUCAAAUGGAUUCAUCACCUAGACGCAGCAAAUCUAUUUUUGAAAAGAGUCCCCUUCUCUCAUCUUCAUCCAGCUCAUCUGAUGACAAUCUCUUUCUCACAACAAUUUUUCUAGCUGCAAAGGCGAUUGUUAAAUCCACUAAAGUGCUUCUUGGAGAUACUACAAGUUCAAGUUCAAGCGGCAAUGAGCUUCUUGAAGAUACCACUAGUUCAAGUUGCAAUUCGCUUCUUCAAGAUACUGCAAGUUCAAAGCGCAAGGUGAUUUAUUUAGCAGUGAUUAUAAUCGCUUCUCUUAUUGCACUUUCAGAGUUAAAGAUGGAUGUUGCGACUUCUACCAUGGAAACAGAUGCCCAAGAAAAGAAUCUCAAUAAGUGGGAUUUCACCUGUGAUGUGGAAGUGGAUUGCAAGUCUGAGGAAAACGCUUGCAUCAUAUAUUCAACACUCAAUGUUGACAAAGAGCUGCAGCCAGAUAAAGUAAGGAGGUUGAUGUCUGUCUCUAAUGGGAAACUUUCAGUGCAUUUUGAGGCAGUUGAAGCUAGAUUUCUUCGGGCGUCUUUUAGUGCAUUUAUGGAUGCUUUGACAUUAGCAACGAAGACAAUUGAACAAUUUGGUAAAGAUAUGGAACUCUGACAUGUUACAUGUGUGCUCAUUAGAUGGAAUUGUAUAACUUGGUAUUUGUGGAAUUUAGCUUCUUGAUUAUAGGAGCAUAAUGGAAUUUUUUUUUUUUGUUAAAUUACAAGCGUUUAUAAAU